AUGUCACCUAACUUGGUCGUCGCAUUUGCUACAACAACGUCACUUACGCAGGUCCAGAGCGCGACCUGCUUGCGGCGCGGCGCAACCACUCGCGGGAGUCCCAGCUCUGUGUCAGCGAAACUCCCUCCCAGCAACCAUUUUGCGGACCAAAGGGUGGUUCGCCGAGGCUCACCCUCCAAGCCCAAGCCGGCGGACUCCGGAUCCACCCCGGGAGUCAGCACUUCGGCUGCUCCGUUCGCUGCCACCUGGCACGGCGGACACCGAAGAAGAUGA